GCUGCAAAAACAAAACCAAACAAAACAGCUACGGGCCCCUGUCUCUUCCCCUGUCGUCUCCACCUCUCACUCUCUCCUCUCCACUGUUCCGGCCUCCUCUCCUCCAUCCUCCCUCUCCCAUUCUACCAGUUCUUCUGUUCUUGAAUGCUCCGGACUCCAUAGAUCACCCUUCUUCUCCCAAAGAUGUAUAAGGCUAAAAGGACUGCUGCCCAGAAAGUAAGGCGCUGCCUUGGAAAAUAUGAGCUUGGACGCGCAAUUGGUCAAGGAACUUUUGCAAAGGUUAGGUUUGCAAAGAACAUGGAGACCGGUGAUCAUGUUGCUAUUAAGAUCCUUGACAAAGCGAAGGUUCAGAAGCACAGAUUAGUCGAACAGAUUAGACGGGAAAUUUGUACAAUGAAGUUGAUACAACACCCCAAUGUUGUUCACCUGCAUGAGGUGAUGGGAAGUAAAACAAGGAUUUUCAUUGUUCUAGAAUAUGUGAUGGGAGGAGAGCUCCAUGAUAUUAUUGCCACAAGUGGAAGGUUGAAGGAGGAUGAAGCACGGAAAUACUUUCAGCAACUGAUCAACGCCGUAGAUUACUGCCACAGUAGGGGUGUAUACCACAGAGACCUGAAGUUAGAGAAUUUGUUGCUUGAUACUGCCGGGAACAUCAAAGUCUCGGACUUUGGCCUAAGUGCUAUAUCUGAGCAAGUGAAGGCUGAUGGAUUACUACAUACUACAUGUGGAACACCUAAUUAUGUUGCUCCUGAGGUUAUUGAAGAUAAGGGCUACGAUGGUGCUCUUGCAGACCUUUGGUCAUGUGGAGUAAUUCUUUUUGUGCUGCUUGCAGGAUAUCUUCCUUUUGAGGAUGAAAAUAUUGUCUCCCUUUAUAACAAGAUUUCUGGAGCUCAGUUUACUUGUCCCUCUUGGUUUUCUGCUGAAGCUAAGAGGCUCAUUGCUAGAAUUCUGGAUCCAAAUCCUGCUACUCGGAUAACUACUUCUCAAGUGCUACAAGAUCAAUGGUUCAAAAAAGGCUAUGAGUCCCCUGUUUUCGAUGACAAAUAUUACCCUUAUUUCCACGAUGUUUAUGAUGCUUUUGGAGACUCAGAAGAAAAACAUGUGAAAGAGGCUAUGGAAGAGCAGCCAACCUUGAUGAAUGCCUUUGAGUUGAUUUCACUAAAUAAGGGUCUGAAUCUAGACAAUUUUUUUGAGUCUGAUAAGAAGUACAAGAGAGAGACAAGAUUUACAUCGCAGUGCCCUCCGAAAGAAAUCAUCAAUAGGAUCGAAGAAGCUGCUAACUUACUAGGAUUUAAUAUUCAGAAGAGAAACUACAGGAUGAGAAUGGAGAAUAUAAAGGAAGGAAGAAAAGGACAUCUAAACAUUGCAACUGAGGUUUUCCAAGUGGCACCAUCCUUACAUGUGGUUGAGCUCAAAAAGGCCAAGGGAGAUACCCUGGAGUUUCAAAAGUUCUACCAAACGCUCUCGACGCAACUAAAAGAUGUUGUUUGGGAAUUAGAAGAUGCGGCUGAGGAUAUGAGCUAAGCGGAAUGAGGUUUGCUGCAGAAUAGAUUUCAGAGUUUAGUGCUAGAUUUCUCUGUACAUAUCAAAAUUUCCGAGUUGCAGUAAAUCCUUUUGUUACCCAUGUAUGGAUAGAUUCAUAUAAGUACCCAACAGGAUUAGGCAACAGCAGGUCACGGCUUCACUGCUCACCAUUUGAUUUGUUCCUUUUAGAGCAGAAAAUCUACUCAAUUUUAUCUUCCACAGAUGUAGGUUGACAUAGGAUCAGUAUAACCAUGAUCAGUGAUAUGCUCUGAAUAUUUCCACCAUGUGUAAUUUGUAGUAUCGUUGUUUUUGGCACUGUAAUAGUAUACUACUGUAUCAAAAAACAUUGUGAAAUGAAAGUAUUGUAUUGAGAGGGUUA